CCUGCAAUCCAGCCUAGGUCCCCUCACCAAGGAUGCUUCCAGCUACACAUCUGGGUCCUAAUCUCAUUUGCCUAAAACUUGCCAUAGACCUGGGGCGUGCCCUUUAACUCUGCUGUGCCUGGUCAUUCGUCUGCAGAACGCACACGCACUACCUGCAUCUGUGGAGAUGCACACAGUGGAGUUGGGGUGGAACCGUGGCAGGUGCUGUCCCUUUACCAGCACAAGGGCCCCACUGCUCUGCACCUCUUGCCCAUGCCUCCCCACCUCAGAGCAACCCCAGCCAUCCAUGAAACACUCUUGUAUUUGCUGGAACCAGCCUGGGUUCCAGAAUUUUGUCCCCCCCCCCCAGUGUCCUCCUAGUUCUGGAAUCCCACUGCUAUUCCGGAUGGAGUGCCCUAGGUCCUCAGGGUUCUGCUGCUCUUCUGGGCAGUGCUGGUCUGCUCAAGCUCUCACAUCUGACUUGAGUCUACACUGCGGCCAGGAUGCGGUGGCGUGACCGCAUAGUUGUGUUCUUCUUUCCACCAGGCAUGAUGCUUACCAUGACUGCACUGCUGCUCUUCUUCAUACACCUGGCCGUUUUUGCCAACGAUGUACAUAACUUCUGCAUCACCUACCACUAUGACCACAUGAGCUUCCAGUACACGACUGUCCUGAUGUUCUCCCAGGUGAUCAGCAUCUGCUGGGCUGCCAUGGGGUCACUCUACGCAGAGAUGACAGGUGACAAGUUUCUGCGGUGCUUUGCCCUGACCACCCUGAUGCUCAAUGAAGCCAUGUUCUUCAACCGCCUGUCCCUGGAGUUUCUGGCCAUCCAAUACCGGGAAGAAAGCCACUGAGGCCUGGGGACUAGGGACGGGGAUGAGAAGGGAGAAGGAAAAGGCUGCUUUGGGUGUUUUAAUAAAGUCUGUUAUUUAUUUGCA